CUCUAUACGAUUUCCGUCAUGGUGCUGCUUACGCUCGCCCUGCUGGGCGUGACACUGGCGAUAUUUUACAACUUCUACCUGAAUGUGUAUAACUACUGGGAUCGUCGGGGCGUACCCUACGAGCGGCCCCUGCCAAUAUUGGGCAACAUGAGAGGUAUCGGAACAAGGUUGCAUUUCCGCGACGUCAAUCAGAGACUAUACGAUCGCUUUAAGGGCAAGACACCGAUCAUCGGCAUGUUCAUGUUCUUCAAGAGAGUCGCUAUGAUUGUCGACCUGGAUCUGAUCAAACAGGUGCUGAUCAAGGACUUCAACACCUUUCAGGAUCGUGGCGUUUUCAGCAAUGUGCGCGAUGAGCCGCUAACGGGACACCUAUUCACGCUAGAGGGCGAUGAAUGGCGUUCCAUGAGACACAAAUUGACGCCCGUCUUUACCUCCGGCAAAAUGAAGCACAUGUUCGGCGUAGUCGUCGAGGUGGGUCAUCAGCUGGCCGACACCAUGGAUAAAGCCGUAACUGCUGCUCGCGCCGACGGUGGCGAUGUUGAGAUCAAAGAGUUUUGUGCUCGCUUCACCACAGACGUCAUUGGCACUUGCGCCUUUGGCCUCGAGUGUAGCAGCCUGGCCGAUCCGCAUGCCGAAUUCCGUGCCAAGGGUCGCAUGCUAUUCGAAAAGCCCCGUCACCACCAGCUGGUGCAGGCCUUCAUAUUCACCAACUCAAAACUAUCAAGGAAACUGCACAUGAAGGUGUUUCCCGAUGAUCUAUCCAAUUUCUUCAUGGAGGCUGUGCGGACGACAGUCGAUCAUCGACUCAAGCACGGCAUAAAGCGCAAUGAUUUCCUCGAUCAGCUGAUUGAGCUACGCGCUGAGAACGAGGAGGCGGCACGUCGUGGGAAUGGCAUCGAUCUCUCUCAAGGCCUCACCAUUGAGCAAAUGGCCGCCCAGGCUUUUGUUUUCUUCAUAGCCGGCUUUGAGACCUCCUCCAGCACAAUGGCUUUCUGUCUAUACGAACUGGCACUGCAGCCGGAUGUGCAGCAGCGCCUCAGGGAGGAGAUCGAAACGGUGAUCAAGGAGACGGCAGAUGGAGAGCUCACCUACGAUGCCAUUGGGCAGAUGACCUAUUUGGAGCAGGUGCUGGCAGAGACUCUGCGUAAGCAUCCGAUUCUGCCCCAUUUAAUGCGACAAACGAACCAGGAUUACAAAGUGCCUGGCACAGACUUGGUCAUUGAGCAGGACACAUCUGUUAUAAUUCCUGUACAUAGCAUACACCACGACCCAGAUAUUUACCCCGACCCCGAGCGUUUUGAUCCAUCUCGCUUCGAGCCUGAUGCCAUUAAGGCGCGACACCAAUUUGCAUAUCUACCAUUUGGAGAUGGACCCCGCAACUGCAUCGGUGAGCGCUUCGGCAAAAUGCAGGCCAAGAUUGGCCUCAUUUCCCUUCUGCGCCGCUUUAAAUUUGGUGUAUCUAAUCGCACAGAGGUUCCGCUGAUUCUUAAUAACCGGAACUUUCCAUUAGCCACCAAAUAUGGCAUUCAUCUUAAAGUAGAACGUGCUUGAGAAAUCAAUUAUGGUGUAUAUACUGUACAGUAAAACUAAAUUGUAAUAACUUCUGUGCCGAUGGAAAGACUUCAUAUAUUUGUGUUAUUGUAGCCUACAAAUUAGCCGAGCUAUAUAUUACUAACUUUGUUGUUGAGAAUGCAAAAAAUAUAUUAAGUAAUCUAAAUGAUUAGAAAGAAUAAAUUACAAAGUACCUUUGGGGAGCCAUAGAUUUAACACACAACAUAAAAGGUUGUAAGGGCAACUGAAUGUAGAGAUAACAGAUAAGGGUAGGUAAGUGAUAUUUCUUAGUGAAAAGCCAUAUUGACUAAUACUUUGUAAAUUGUAUAAUAACCAAAAAUCCAACCCAACAGACUAAAAUUUAAUAAAAAAAUCCCCUGCAUGAGAGAGAGCAGCCCUAAUCUCCUUCAUUGUUAAUGUUAUUCAUCAUCCCACCUGAUUCCCACUCAAUUUAAACUCAAGACCAUUCCUUAAUCUGAA